GAUAAAUACAAUGUACGAAGCUAAGCGAGCAGGAUUUUAAAGAUAGUAUAACUAUGUCAACGACACUGCGAUUGAUGUUUCACACUCUCUCCGAAAGCUGCGGAUGCGGAGGCCAGCUUUAUAACUUAAAUAUAUUGAUAAUUCUGGCGGUGUGAAAAAUUGGAGAUUUGUCCUCAUACUAGCUAGGGAUUCCUUGUGGCUUCAUUUUUUCGAAUAGCCGUCAACCAGUUUUCACCGGUUGAAUAUAAAACUUGCGGGGGAAAUGGAAAUGGAAUUGGAAUUGGAUCAAAUUCAUCAUGUUACCCCGCCUCGAGUCCGCGCAAAUGGAUGAUCUUUAGCACCCCGGCAUGACCGGAUAAAGUAUAUCUCCAGUUUAACCUUGUUGUGAGAAGAUUCCGAGUGGAGGCGCAGAUUGAUCUUGACGAUAUUCCCCGGGUAGACCGGAUUAUGACAUUCGCAAAUCUUCACGGAGAAUCGUGGCUAAAUGCAAUUGAUGAAGCUACGUUUGUGGAGAGGCAAUCUGGGAGCUACAAAAUGCGAUGGUAUCCCGGGGGUUGAGUUGGGUUAAGGCUUCUCACCAUGUUCGUGCUUGCACGUCUUCAGUAUCUUUCUUUCGCCGUCUCUGUGCUAUUCACACGUGUAUCGGCACUUUCGAAUUCGGAUACGUCUUUGACGCUUUUGUAUCAGAAUAAUCUUAAUGCUUCGGAUGAUGUAAAUCACGUGGGCUUUAUUCUUCUGGAUCCUCACUCCCCGAAAGAUGCACCCGCAGCAUGUAAGGCGUUGAAUGAAACGCUUCUCAGCAGUAGCACUAUCACGAGCCACACGUCUGAUUUUCUCCUUCCGCUUUCUUAUCAAGCAUAUCGUGGUCGCUCGUCAGCUUCUCAGCUCUGUAUAAUCAACGAUGGAGUUAUCUCCUACGAUGCAGCUCACGGAUUGAGUUUCCCGAAAUCUACGUCUGGUAAUGCUAGACUACCGGUUCUUUGUACACAGUCUAGCGAAGAAACUCAACCCGGAACCGCGGUUGCUACGCAUGCUAAUGAGGUUUCUCUUGCCGCGGGUGGGAAUACAUAUCUUGGAUUCCGCAACCAGAAAUCUUUCCGCUUUCUCGGGAUUCCAUAUGCGAAUCCGGCGGAGAGAUUCGUGUAUCCCACGCCGUACUCGCCGACCGGGAAAACCAUUCAAGCAACUGCGUAUGGCGCACAGUGUCCACAAUCUUCGAGUGGGAGCGAAGAUUGUUUGUUUCUGAAUAUACAAACUCCGUAUAUUCCCAAGGCGAAAUCGACAAAGGAUUUGAGGCCGGUUAUGUUUUGGAUUCACGGGGGUGGAUUUGUUGGCGGCAGUGGUGCGGAUCAAUUGAGUGAUGGGGGAGACUUGGCGAGUAGAGAGGAUAUUGUUGUUGUGAAUGUUAAUUAUAGACUUUCUGUUUUGGGAUUUUUGGCGAUUCCUGGGACGAAUAUCACGGGGAAUUAUGGAAUUGCGGAUCAAAUUAAUGCUCUGGAGUGGACAGUGAAGAAUAUUGCUGCGUUUGGAGGAGAUCCAAAGAGAAUUACGAUCAUAGGAGAAUCCGCUGGUGCAGGAUCUGUACGCACACUUUUAGGCUCACCACCCGCAAUCGGAAAAUUCCAAGGAGCAGUAGCUAUGUCCAAUCUGGGUGGUGGCGUUGACCUUGGCCUUUCUGGUGACUCUGCAACUACCUACUCCUCAUAUCUCACCAUCCCCGAAUCCUAUGCUCUGGCCGGUCAAAAUAUUUUUCGGGCAGCGGGAUGCAACCAGACUAGUUUAUCUGCCCAGAUUGCGUGUUUAAAGAAGGUGCCCGCUCUAGAUUUGGUUGCGGUCGGCUCGGAAGCGCGAUAUGUUGUCCAGGAUGGUCACUAUGUCAACACAGCCGAACUCGACCUUGUGAACCACAAUGGAAGCACCGCUCACGUCGAUGUUAUCUUCGGUAUCACUGCCAACGACGGCGCAUCCAUCGGCUCCACCUAUCCAUCCACCCCCGUCACAUCCGAAGUCGCCGGCAUCGCCACAUCUCUCGGUAUAUCUCAAUCCUACGCCCAAUCCAUCAUCGACAGCGGACUCUUCCCCUUCUACGACACGGGAAACCUCACGCUCGACGCCUUCAACGUCUCGCAGCGCGUAGCAACCGAUAAAGAUUUCCGCUGCGUAGACCAAGCAACCGUAUAUGCUGGGUCCCAAAACGGCAUCUUCAAAUCAAGUUACUUUUACGAGAUGGGACGCACGGUUGCGGGCUAUGAUCCGAAUGGUCUUGGGGGACCACCUGCUUCGCCGGGGUAUCCGGAUGGCAAUCCGAAUUUGCCGUAUUUUCGAUUUCACGGCGCGGACAUGCCGUGGGUGUUUGGAGCGUUUAAUACGGGGUUGAAGUUUAGAGAUGAGCAGGAUUGGUGGAGUGUACAGUUGAGUGUGGGGUAUUUUGGGGCGUUUGUGAGGAACGGGAAUCCGAAUCCUGAAGAGGGGUUCUUGAGGAGUAGAGGAUAUGAGAUGGUGUUGCAGGGGGUGAAGGAGACGGGGAUGUGGAAGGAGGUAGGUGGGGGUGGGGAGAAGGGAAGUAUGAUGGUGAUUGAUUGGCCGGGGAAGGUGGAGGAGUUUGCGGAUUUGGAACAGUGUGGGUGGUUGGGGUAUCCGGUGGAUUAUUAUGUUAAGGGGGGUGUUUAG